CGAGAUGGGUCCGUUCGUCGUAAGCGCCGCCUCUAUUGUGAAGAAAGGCGCACAGUAGUUGGUCGGAUUAGAAUCGCAAUGGAUCUGGCCGUUAGCGGAUCAGAGAUGAAUCUAACAAACGGGAGCACCAUGGAGUCGGACCAGGAGUCGGAUACGUACAGUGAGAGCGGGGAUGUAGCGGACAUGAACACGGACAAGCUCGACCCUGCUGACAGGGCCCUGUACGAGAAGCUGAAGCAGCAGGAGCGGGAGGAGCGCGAGGAGAUAGAGCGCGAGCUCAAGGAGCACGAGGAGGCGCUGGCCAUCCACAACAGCCAGCUCCGUGCCCGUGAGAAAGAGAUGCACCUGGCCCAGGAACGGAUGCAGCAGAGGUCAGAGCGCGAGCUGGACCUGAGCCGUCCCAGCUCCAACAAGUCUUCCCUGUCCAACGGAAACGUCGUUAACAAUAACGGCGGGAGCGAGAACAGCAACGGCGGGUCCAGCAACAAUGGUACCGGAAGUAAAACCGGCGUCCUUAACAACAAGAACAGUUUGUCGUUUAGCAGUAACAAUAACUCCAACAACCACAAUAAAAAUCUGGGGAACGGCGGGAACAUGAUCAAAACCAACGGGGAUAGUAGCCUGGAUAUGAGCAAGUUCCUUGCAGACGAUUUCAGGGCGCAUCUUCACAACAGCGCUAAUUUUUUGUCAUCAUUCCCCCUGGGUCACCCCCUGGCGCACGCCCACCUCGCCCUGGGCGGGCACCUCCUGGGGCGGGAGAUGAAAGGUCUGGAUGUGGUGAACCCGUUUCACCCCAUCCUCCCCAACCACAGCGCGUUCCCCAGCCCACCGUCCCCGGCCGAGCGCUACCCACCCAGCUCGACCACCCCCGUCUCACCCACGGGGAGCCUGCAGCCCUCCCCUUCCCCCGACGACAACGGGGACAGCAGGUCCCACAACUGGACCUUUGAGGAACAGUUCAAACAGUUGUAUGAACUGAGCGAGGAUCCUAAGAGAAAAGAAUUCCUUGAUGACCUAUUCGCCUUCAUGCAGAAAAGAGGUACCCCAGUGAACCGCAUCCCCAUCAUGGCCAAACAGACGCUGGAUCUAUACGAGUUAUUCCGCCUGGUCGUUUCCAAGGGCGGACUAGUCGAGGUGAUCAACAAGAAACUCUGGAGGGAGAUCACUAAGGGACUGAACCUACCCUCGUCUAUAACCAGCGCCGCCUUCACAUUGCGGACACAGUACAUGAAAUACCUCUACCCCUACGAGUGUGAAAAACUGAAGCUCAGCAACCCCUCGGAACUGCAGGCAGCAAUAGACGGCAACAGACGAGAGGGACGUCGCUCCAGCUACGGCUACGACAUGUCCCCCGGGCCGACCCUCGUACCAUCAAGUCACCCCCUCAAUGGGAGCCUUAUGAACGGCAAGUUGGGCAGGGCAUCGCCUUGUAAGUUGGGCGCACACGAUGGUAGAUCUGAGAAGUUUAGCUCCGUGGUUUCUAAUCUUUCGAUACACAAUCUUUGCGGACAUGAUGAUAGCCUCCCACCCACACCCCUCCCUGCCCACCACAGGGGCCUGACGGAGCGAGACGCCCUCGCCAUGGAGGCGGCCUCCCGUGCUAUGGAGGAAGCUACCAGGAAGAUGGAGCAAGCGACCCGGGCUUCCAUGGAAGACGGACCUCCGAGAAAACGCCUUAUAACAGAAAACGAUCGUAUACUUCCCACGAGCAUGCACAGUGCUCACUUUAAAAUAACUAGUCGAAACGAUGGCCGAUCAGAGAUCGAUACAUCUUUAGUGGUCAGCAUGGAGAUUAACGGGAUUAUGUACCAGGGUGUCCUGUUUGCACAACAUCCACACAGGCUUGGAGUGUAGGCUUGGAGUGCAGGUCGGAG